AUGAUGUUGGGCUUAUCUUACCAUCCAUUCUCGGUCGAACAUACCCUGUCCUUACUGCUGCUUUCUCCUCCCCACCGGCUUAAUCGAACCUGUAUCUAUAGGUGUGGUGUUCCCCGUCUUGUCUACUUACCUUAUUCCCCCCUGCGAAAGUAA